CGUGUCUGGAAGGCGUGAUGUCGCUCAGCAGAGAAGGGUAUGAUAAAGCGAAGAAAAGGGCCUCCAAGCGUUUGGGAAAAUGGACAGAAGAUGCUAGGAGUGACAAGGGAAGCGGAAUUGAGCGUUUACUGGCAGGAUAUCCAAGAAUUUUGCGUAGAAUACAAUUUGACAAAUACCCGAACGUAAGUAACAUUUACAACAGACCAAUGCCAGUCGUUUUGAAACCUCAAGAAACGGCACGGAAUGAUGUCGCAACACAAAAAAAGCAAAUUAUUAGCGCCUCAGCAGAAAUUGUUUCUCAUCAACCGACCCCGGAGCAGAAGAAAACCAUCUCGGAGAGCAGUCUUUGUGAGAUUCGCGUUGACAGUAGAAAAAGUCGGAAUGGUCGGGCGUCUCGUGUUUCAGUUGAAAGCCCGUUCAGGAUGUGUGUUCGGAGCUCAAGGGAUCACUAUACUGAAUCAAGACUGCGCUCUUCAGAACUCUCAAAUUAUGCCCCACCAACAGACAACGAUCAUGAUGUGUUGAAAAACAUCGAUGAAGUAGGAACUCAUCCGCUCAUUGACAGCAAACAAACUUUUGAAAGUCCAUCAUGCAAAGAAAGAAAUGACUCCAUCAAAACACCAACGAAUCGUCGUCGAAGUACCCUGUAUCAAGCACUGUCCCAGUCUGUAACAAUACCAGCUGCGCCGCCCUGUGUCUCCAUCACAUCAACACCCGUGGGCCAGCCCCAGGAAACGGUGAAGGACUUUACUAAUACCAAGUCCAAACUGUUGCGGUUCUUCAGGAAGAUCUAUCACAUCGUCCUGCUAUUCCGUUGCACGAGUCGCCGGCUGGCAGGGCAGCUCCAGCGGGAAGACCAAGUGUUCAGGGUGAUUGGGAGAGACGGCAGAGCCAUUAGUUUUGACCCCCGCGAGUUCUGCAGGACUUCAAAGAACUAUGGGGGAUUAACCAAGCGAGCUAGAGAAGCUCUCGCGCGCAAAUCAGGCCAGAGACUUCAAGGGGAUAUUGUGUGUUUAUUGGAGGUGAUUAACAGACUCCCCGUGUUCGCCAAGUACUCGACGGAUGUGAAGGAGGCCCUGGCUGACCGCCUUAAGUACGAGCAGGUCGGGGCCGGGCGGGUGGUUAUCAAGCAGGGCCACGACGGGACCAAUGUCUACUUCGUGGUGUCGGGAUCCCUGGGGUGUAGGAUGUCGGAGAAGGACCCACGAACAGGCGAAGAGUUGGUGACCUAUCUCCCCGACAUUAAGGCAGGCGCUACCUUCGGCGAGCUGGCCUUUAUCUGGAAAGUCCAAAGAAGCGCCACAGUUGUAUGUCACAAUGACUGCGAGCUGCUGAUGCUGAGUAAGAUGGACUUCAACGAAGUUUUGAGGGAUGCGUGGGAAAUGCAGCGACGGGAGCGGCUCGACUUCCUGCAGGGAUCCCAGUACUUCCGGUCCUGGACCGAAGCCGAGCUGGGGGCUGUGGCAGACGUAUCCAGUAUCAUAGACUAUAAAGAUAAUGAUGUAAUUCUAGGCAAUGUCCAAGGCGUAUCACCCAAGAUCUAUUUCCUAAUGUCUGGCAAGUGUCUCAUCAUCAAGCAGGUGCCCCUUGUGCGUCUCAAGUCCCCCCACAAGCCAUCGACUCUGGUGUUGCCAAACAAGACGUCACAGAAAGAGUUUUUGAACAAAAACUAUGGCAGAGCUUACAGGGUCCAUUCAUUGAACCCUCGCAACCUCACUAUUAUGAGACUGUCCGAGGGGGACUACAUGGGAGCUGGAGAAGAUCUUGAAAACGUAUACAUGAUAGCUAAUGGAAAGGCCAAGUGUAUCUGUGUGAACUUAGUCCAGUUUGAGAUAUUUGCCAAGAAGCGGCAACUUCAAGCUAUGGCCAAGAAACGUCAGUCCUUCCUGCCCGACAACCAGUCCCUGCAUGAUCGCCUGGUGCUGAACAAGUUGUGGAACAGGUACAAGGAGCAGUUGGUGCUGGAGGUAGUGGGCAGAAAGAAGAUCCCAGACAGGGCUACAAUGGCUGAUGUUCCGUGGUCCAUCAGGAUGGAACCGAGAGCAUGGUGACGCAUGGUGGUUUGUCAUGAUGGUGCUGUGUGAGUUUGAUGUGCUACUGUGUUGCUUUGAGAGCAUAAUGGUCUCUGUUGCCAUGUACAUCGGUGAUUUGUAGUUUGUUGGAGCUUACACAUUCAUUUGUGAAGGACUAGAAAGGACCCAAUUUUAGGGAAUGUUUUGGAAACUUUUGAAGAAGGCUUUUGUCCCAGGAAUCAGAUCCUGUUCAAAACGGGAAUAGACUGUUCUGAAAAUAUCUUUUUUAUACUCUACAAGGAAAGAAUGAACUGGCAAGACUCUGGAAAAUGAGAGCUAAAUCCUAUGGGAGAACUAUAAUCUUUCUUCAUGUCCCCAAGUGGAAUAAAGAUUUUGCCUGGUACGAUUAGUCAGGGAAAUGUUAAUAACUACAUGAGUAGGAAGUUGUCAUGUGCAUCAUUAACUACUGUCAAGUUGUACAGCACAUUCAGCUAUUUCAAUCGAAUGGUUUAUGCAUGGUCAUGAGUGCACAUGGAGAUAGAUUUGAUGAUGUGUAUGGGCACACAGUGCAUUGGUGGGAAGCUGUAGAGGAAUAUGUGUACAUUACGUUUUAUUAAUUGUAGCCAUAGAUAAUAUGGAAUCAAAAAUACAUUUCCUUAUGUUUCAAACAACAAUCAGGACAUGCUGGUUGUGGAAUGUGUUUGCUUUUUGUCGGGGGGGGGGGGGUUACAUUAUUUUGUUUGUAUUUUGACAUGUGCAUGCCUAACAGCACUCAUCAACUAUAUGUAAAAAAUAGAGGAGUGACAGCACCUUACCGGACUAAAGAGAUCAGUAGACAAGCAUUUUAGUCAGUGGCAGUGCCUCCAUAUCCCGUCAAUGUAUAAUCGCCAGUUCUGUAUCUACCAACAGUCUUGUAGUUUAAGAGCAUAUUUUGCAUGAAAGUUUCAAGUUCUCUAAACUCUAUCUUGUAGUGAAAUGCAUGUUUUGCACGACAUGCAAGUGGAGCAGAAUGUCCUCUGGUCCCAACAAUACGUUGUAAUCUCAUUGUAAUUUUAUGGCAAUAGGUACUAUUUGGACCCCAUUGGUAGCGUUGUAGCGAGGGACCACUGUAUGUAUCUUAUUCCAUUAUUCAUUUCUCCUAUAUUUCUGUUCCAUUUUGAUUUGUUGUAUUUUUCACCUUCUGUGUGGCAGCCAUCUUAAUAACACGUCCAGCUAUUGUUUGCAUGAUGUGCAACUGUACAAGCUGAGCCAGACUGCCAUCUAUUUAUCUUGAAAUGUUACUGGUUAUAUAUCCACAUUUAUUUAACAUAUGUAAAUCACACUUAUUUGAGCAUGUUUAUUACAUCUGUGUCAAUUUUAAGUUGUUUUUUUCAAAUAGUUGAUUUAGCAUAAUUCUAUUUGACUUUGAACAUACUUCUUUUCCUUUACAUUGUCAGUGCAUAGCAGGAUGCAAUGGUAUUUCUUAGAGGAAGAUCAUCACUUGAACACAAUAUUAAAAGUUUGCUGGUAAUAAGCACUGUAAAAACACCUCUUCCUAUUCUGAUGUUGACUCAAGCAGAUGCAUUAUUUUUUUCUAUUUGUGUGUUCCUAUUUGAGGAUAAUAUUGUUUACUUCUUGUCUUGCCAUGUUUCCUUCAUUCAAUGUAUUGAUGUCUCCCUCAACACUUCUCCUCCUUUCAUCUUUCUGAGUCCUUGACACAAGUCUUCAGAUGUCACUGUUUUUGUGUCAUUGUACAGGUCUUCAGUGAAAUGUAGAGGCCAAAUGUGUCUUCUUUGUGCGUAACUCAGUUUCCUGUGACCUCAGGUGAAAUGGGACAUUGUGCUGAUCUUUUCGUAUUUUAUUUACUAAAUUGUGUUAACUCUUACCAAUUAUAUUUUUUUUGUAUUUGUAAAUAUCUUGUAUAUAAUUACAUCCAUUUGUAUCAGGUUUCAUGAUUGUGAUAUGUCGUGACACUGUUCUGUGCAAUAGUUUUGUACAAACUCAUUUUUAUACACAUGCAGUACUUUUUCCUGUGAAAUACUUCUCAACUUUUUCAAGUGUAAAUGAUAUUCAAAGCAAGACUUUUGACUUGAAUAAAUUCUUUA